AUCAAUUUUGAUGUACAAUGUACACAAUCAUUUAACGCAAACGAGAUAUGCGUCAGUAACUCGAAUCUCUUCCAGCCUUGAGUAUCUCCUUGACAGUGCAUGUGAGUGUACACAAGCAAGUGUAAAUCAUAUUAAUAAUAUAUUAAUAUAUAAUUGAAGAUGAGCCUCGUAGCGUAUGAGAGCAGUGAUGAGGAUUCCGAAAACGAGGGGAAGUUUAAGGAUGAGAAAGAAGAAAACGACGCUAUAGAACAUAACAUGAAAGAUUUAUUCAAUAUGCUACCAAAACCCAGAAAUUCAAGUUCUCUAAAGGAUAUCGAAGAGAACGAGGACGAUAUCUUGUUGAAAAAUAAAACGGAAAGUCAGUUUAUAAAGCCAACAAAAAAGCAGACCGUGAAAAUAUCAGUGCCUUCUUUAUCAGAGUUUAAGGAUCUUGAGGACGAGAGGGAAGAGAAACCUGCUAGAAUUAUACAGUCAUCACAAAAAGGCUGCGGACUCUUUGCGAUCUUAGAAUCACCAAAACACGAGACUACAAGAAAAUCUUUAAUACCUCAUGCUGUCAAGAAUGCAGCAGCACGAGUAAAUAUUCAACAGUCAGCAAUAACAAGGAAAUCUGGUACAAGUCAGAAUGAUUCUAAAAUGAAAAAACAAACUUUAGAUAAAUCGAAUAAUGAAUCGAAUUUUGACGAUGAUGAAGAAGAUACAUCAGUAGAUUUCUUUGGAUUAGAUACAAAUAAAGAUAUAUCAGACUCUGUAUCAGCAUUACUAGAUCUAGAGUUGCCUUCAGAUGAUCUUAUAUAUAAAUCAAGUACUAAAGAAGCUUCACUUGUAAAACAUAUAGAUCGUACAACACAUAAUCCUUCAUCCAUUAAUUCUGAUAUUUUAACAAACGACCAAUCAAGUAAUUCAAGCAAAACGUUAACAAGUAAUGUUAUAAAUUUACCUAAGGAAGAAAUAUUAUUGAAAAACAAAGCAGAAGUUGGUCCAAAGCUACCUGUCCCUGAGCAAGAAUAUAAUGUUGAUAUGCAAGGUAAUGUAGCCUUUGAUGAAAAAGCAAUUGAGUAUCUUUGUGGAAAACGAGGUACAAAACGCAAAGAGAUGACGAAAGCAGAUAUUAUCGAAAUAAAUGGUGAAGAUAUAAAACCAGAUCAAAGAGAGUGGUUGGUGAAGGCAUUGACAGAGGAGCCUGUGCAGAGGCCAGUAUCUAUGCAAAGCUGUGGAAUUAACUCGCAAUCCAAGAAGAAACAUCAAAUAACUUAUCUAGCGCAUCAAGCAAAAGCUAUGGAAUUAGAACUGAAAAAUCAAUGGUCUCAGAAUAGAAUGGCACGAAAACAAACAAAAUCAAAAUAUGGUUUCUAAAAAUAAAGUUUUUGUAAAAUUUGUUUAUAAUUAUGUGUAUAAUUUUUUAUUUACAACAUACAUUAGUAAUUAUAAAGUGAUAAAUCUACGAAAAGAAAAAAUAUGUAUUGAAGAUAUUGGAAUAUACAAAUAAGUUUAAGAUCAAAAAUCAAAAUUACUGAGUUUUUUCUAAAAACAGUUGUUCCAAGUUUUUAUACUCUUUUCUUUUGUUUUCUAGUAAUAAUUUAGCCUGUAAUAAAUUAGGCGGUAAAUCACCAUAUUGAGCAAGUGAUUGAUCAACAUCUGCCAAUUUGCUUGUGCUUUCUAAGUAUAAUUUAUAUUUAUUUAAUAUCUUCUCGGGAUAAAGUUCAUCAACCUGCAUAUCAUUUAAAUCUGUUUCUAAUUUCUCCACAGCUUGUUUAUAAUCUUUCAAUUUUGUAGAUAAUAAAACCUUGUUACA